AUGCAGCAUCGCAUCACCUCGGUCGGCAGCGGUCGAGGGCGGAGAAAGGGCGGCCGUAUCCCUGGCCACGAUGGCGAGCCUGCUGCUUGGACGCUGAGACGCACGAGCGGUGGAGUCUUGAUGCGAGCUAUGCCACUUUGGACCCGAGUAAACAACAGCCCAGCCGCCGUAAACACGAGCUUCAUACAGAUACCCUGCACUCACAGGAGGUCGUCCGGUCCAGCCCCCCGUCCUCAAAACCCAUGGCACGCCUGCCCGCCGCCCGCUCGCCUUUUACAUGUCGUCAAUCUGGACUUUGAGGCUCGCGUCCCCGUCCCCUUCAGCAUCUUCCCAUCGACAUAUCGGGACAGCGAAGCGCAGACAACGACGCAGCGAACCCACGAGGAGGUUAACAUCAAUCUCCCCAACAAAGCCGGACGGGAAGGUCAAUACUCUUCUUCCUUUACCGCCAACGUUGAUCUCCCACCCCGUGGUGAGAACCGCUACAGCGAAGAAGAGGUCCGUAUCACACGUGAAGAAGAACGUCACCGCCGUCCCGGUUUCCGCCACGAGCAGUACGUCCAGGACCAGCGCCGACCUGCACCAACCGAGUACCACGACGACACUCGCAUCGAGGUUGAUACUCGCCGUCCCCAGUACGCGAGCCCCAUCGACAUCGCUGAGCGUGAAUACCGAGAGCGUUUUCGCCCCCAGUACUCCGCCACCGUAGACCCUCCGUCCCGGCCGUGCUACGAGACCGAGAACGUUCAGGUCAACGGCUAUACCGUUGACGGACAAACUUCGCGGCCUACCUACCAGGAGGAAGUCAAGAUCACCGAGGAGACGGUCGAGCCCUGCCGCAACAGCCGCGCCCACCAGAAAUCCAACAUGGGUUACUACGACGAGGACGGUCACUACCACUCCUUCCGCCACGGAAUCCACAAGCUCGCCGACAAGAUUGUCCACCCCCAUGGCCAUCGCGAGCACAUCGACGUCGACGUCCGCGAGACGGUGACGACUACGUCCCGUCCCCGCGGCGGCAACCAGGCAUGUGACUCGUACCUCCCGAACACCGUCACCAUCCCCUGCCACCACAUCCGGCUCGGCGACUUCUUGAUGCUUCAGGGUCGUCCCUGCCAGGUGAUCCGCAUCUCGACCUCGCCUGCCACCGGCCAGUACCGCUACCUCGGCGUCGACCUCUUCACCAAGCAGUUGCACGAGGAGUCGUCCUUCAUCUCCAACCCGGCCCCCAGCGUCGUCGUCCAGACGAUGCUCGGACCCGUCUUCAAGCAGUACCGCGUCCUCGACCUCCAGGACGGCAUCGUCGUCGCCAUGACGGAGACGGGCGACGUCAAGCAGGGCCUGGCCGUCAUCGACCAGUCGAACCUCUGGUCUCGCCUGUCCAACGCCUUCGAGUCGGGCCGCGGCAGCGUCCGCGUCCUCGUCCUCAACGACAGCGGCCGCGAGCUCGCCGUCGACAUGAAGGUCAUCCACGGCUCCCGCCUGUAG